AUGGAUUCAAACAGUGACGACCUUGCUAAACAACUCUGGUUGGCUAGUCAUGAUGGUCAUGACCAAAAAGUCCUUGAGCUGCUACAGAGAGGAGUUCCACCCAACAGUGGCUACUACACUACAAAGCAUGAUGGAAUCACUCCACUACAUAAAGCAUGUUCUGACAACCAUCUCGGCAGUGCAGAACUAAUCAUCAAGUUUGGAGCCAUUGUAGCUGCUACAGAUAGGGAUGGCUGGACCCCCUUACACUACACAUGUCUCAACAACAGUGAGACCACUGCUAAGCUCCUACUGGAGCACCGCUGUCCCACACCUCCUAUUAUGUUCUUUCCCAACCAUGAAGAUAUCAAAGACAACAUGGGGCAGACUGCUGAUGAUUUGGCCAGAAGUGAAGAGUACUCUCGUUUGGCUAUCUGUAUCGAGAGCUUCCGGCCUGGAUAUAGUGAUCCUCUGUCCUCCUACCCAACACUGGAACAGCUGAUGCAGCUGGAUUGUGACCAAUGGCUUCAACUUGGUGUUCACUUGGGAUUGGACAAUGACCAACUGGAAUGCAUAGAGAAGAGCCAACAUCCCACAGCAGCAACUCUCCGGGCAGCCAAAGUCAAGAAUAUUGACAUGCAGUGGAAGGAUGUUGUGGAAGCUCUAGUGAGCAUUGGAGAGUACAAGUUGGCAGACUGUGUUUGCAAUCAGCAAGGCACAGUCAACAAGGCUGGUGACACCCCACUCUCUCAGGCGUACAAAAACAGACACUUGGAAACUAUCAAAUAUCUUGCUCAAAAACAUCAGUGUGACCCAAAAUUUACAGUGAAUAAGGCUGGAGACACCCCUCUCUCCCUUGAGUGUUCCCGUGGUAACCUGGAGAUGGUCAAGGCUCUCACCAACAAGCAUGUUGACCUAAACAGCUCAGUCAACAAGGCUGGUGACACCCCAUUCUCUCUGGCUUGUGCCAUUGGUCACUUGGACACAGUUAAUUACCUUGUAAACAAGCAGAAUUGUGAUCCUAGAAGCCCAUGUAACAAGGCUGGUGACACCCCUCUCAUUCUGGCUUGUGCCAACGACCACUUGGAUACAGCCAAAUACCUUGCAAAUGAGCAUACUUGCGAUCCUAGAAGUUCAGUCAACAAAGCUGGUGACACCCCACUCUCUCUAGCCUGUGCCAAUGGUCACUUGGAAACAGCCAAGUACCUUGUGAAAGAGUAUCAUUGUGAUCCUAAAAGUACAGUCAACAAGGCUGGUGACACCCCACUCUCUCAGGCCUACAAAGGUGGACACUGCGAAGUGGUCAAGUAUCUCGCCAUCACUCAUCACUGUGAUACAAUGAUUGCAAUGAAUGUGGUUGGAGACACUCCUCUCUCCCUUGAGUGUUCCCGUGGUAACCUGAAGAUGGUCCAGGCUCUCAUCAACAAGAAUGUUGAUCCAAAAAAGUCAGUCAACAAGGCUGGUGACACCCCACUCUUGCUGGCCUGUGCCAAUGGCCACUUGGAUACAGUCAAGUACCUUGUGAAUAAGCAUCACUGUGAUCCUAGAAGUGGAGUAAGCACGGCUGGUGACACCGCACUCUCUCUGGCAUACAAAGGUGGACACUGGGAAGUGGUCAAAUACCUCGCCAUCACUCAUCACUGUGACACAACAAUUGCAGUGAAUGAGGCUGGAGACACCCCUCUCUCCCUUGAGUGUUCCCGUGGUAAUCUGGAGAUGAUCAAGGCUCUCAUCAACAAGUAUGUUGAUCCAGAAAAGCCAGUCAACAAGGCUGGUGACACCCCACUCACUCUGGCCUACAACUCUUUGCAAUUGAAUACAGUCCAGUAUUUCGCCAUCACUCAUCACUGUGAUACAAAAAGUGUCCUCUUACUAGCAGUGAAGAAAAAUCAAAAAUCAGUGUUGAAGUUUUUACUGGUAGAGUGCCACAGCAAUCCAAAUGUGACCGACAAAGAAGGCAAGUCACCUCUCGAUUUGGCCAAUGACCCUAAGAUUAUAAAGCUCCUCUUGAAACACGGAGCCAAGGCUGCCAAUGUCUACAAAAAACACAGCAAGCUCAUUGGAAAACUUUCUUCUGAGCAACCUCCACACCUUCCUCUGUUUGUGCUCCUCACUGGUGAUGGUGGCGUGGGAAAGAGUACUCUGUUGAAGUCCAUUCUGAGCUCAAAAGGUUUUCUGGCUAAAUUGCAGAAGGCAAGACCCGUAGAUGGUGUUGAUGCGAGGACAGUUGGAAUCAUACCGUACGAUGUAUACACCAAAGAGUUCGGGAGAAUCGUUUACUUCGAUUUCGCUGGUCAGAAAGAGUUUUACACGAGCCACUGUGCCAUUCUGGAGAAUGCUGUUCAAACCUCACCACCCAUCAUUAUCCUCUGUGCCAAGCUUGUAGAAAGUGAGCAGGCGAUUAUUGAUUCCACAAAUCGUUGGUUGACCCUUGUUCAAAACCAGUGCACCAAUCUGAAAAGCAAAGCACAUGUGAUAGUAAUUGGUAGCCAUGCUGACCAAGUGAAGAAAAUGGGAGAAGAUCCACAAGCCAAAGAGGGUAUUUUUGCCCCUAUUAUCAAGCCAAGUUCGAGUUCAAAGAGUUCAUUCCAAUGGAUUGUCGCUUUGCUGAUUCGGAUGACAUGA